GUGUGAACAAUAAUUUACAAAAUUUAGUCAGAAUGUCGAUUUAGAUGUGUGAUCGGAACAAUUUAUAUUCUCGAAUAAAUAUAAUUUCUCUUAUCUCAUAAAUUUUAUCAGAGUGUCAUCGAAUGAUUUAGGUAUAAACUUGUUGUCAACGAAGUUUCUUCCAUCAGGUAGAAUGACCUCUGACGAAUUGGAUCCGGAUAUCAUAUCGAAUCCGCGGACGAUACGCCGGAAUCCUUACUAUUAAUAGCUCUGGACCGAUCCUGAAUUCCAGCGAAGGCAGCACGGUGUAUAAAAGGAUGCCUACUUUAAUGCCCUGAAAACUAAUUGGAAGCGAGCGCAGUCGGUGGGUCAAAUAAAUUAACCCAGUAUGCACUCGAGAACCGGUUGUAAGACAGUGUAAACUGAGAUGGACCAUCAAGUAUGUACCUGUAAAAACGAUGUGUACUAGCUCCAAGUAACAGAAUGUGUACGUGGGUGUAAUACGUAUACAUCCAGGUCGAAGGAUCGAGUGGUUCGGUGAUUCAGUGCGAAAGUGUGUAAAGGUUCGAUGAUCAUACAGUGCCGUCCAUGGAUAAUCUCGCCGCUUGCAUUUUAUUCUGCAUUACUCAGCUUUCUCGGACGAAAUAUUCGUUGAACCGAUGGAUUUUUAACUGGAAAAGGUUUCUCUUACCUGUGGUCUGCGGGUAGGCGUCGACGUGGCUCGAUACUCGAUACAUCAGCUGCUACGGACCUACCUACCUGUGACUUCUCAGUGGAGAAUGGCAAACGUCGCGGAAGAGUGGGGCCAAAAGAAAGGGACCGGUUUUUCUGGUUUUCGAUCUCUUCGACCCUCGUAGCCUAUUCUCGUCCCACCUUCGACGUAGAGUACACUUUAUGUAUAUUUCUAACACACACAAUGGCUACAAAAAAGUAUUGACACGUACCCAAUUUCUCAAUAUGAUGCUACUUGAUCACGUACAUCGCACGCGAUCUGUAGCAGAAGCAACUGAACUCUUUAAGAAUAAAGAGAAGAAAAAAAGAGAAAAUGAGAAGUAAUAUCUGUAAAUAAAUUUCUUUUCCGAUAGAAAGUAUUUUUUUUUAUAUAAAUAUCACACGUUCUUUUACUCAAAGAGCAGAACAUGCGUUUGUACGAAAGAAUGCGACAUGAAUUAAUUUACAUUUGAGAUUUCUCUAUACGCGAUCUUAUUUCUAUAUUCUACACGUCUACAAGAUCAUUGGCGGGGAUAGAUAUUAGAUAAUUACACAAAGCGCAGUUAUUUACUGUGCGUAGUACUUGCCACUAGCAUCGAGGAGAGAUUACUGUUUCAGUAGCGCUCUGUUGAAGGUCUAAAUACGCUAGUAGUGAAAACGUGGCAUAUCCCAGUUUUUGCAACCUGGUGACAGGGCAAUUUACAGUUGAAUCGUAUAACAAAGUAAAUUCCUAAUGUCUGAUUCGGAAAGUGAGAGACUUUUAUCCCCAAGCAAAUGGAGCAAAAGAUUCGAUUCGAUUCAACUGGAAUUGCAUUAUUACAAUUUCGUUAAACAAGUAACCGAGGAUGUUCGUAAAACUAUAAAACAUAAACUCGAUGUCCCGUAUGGAACGACAGAACGAACUAAAUAUGAUGUCUACGGAACUGAUUUGCCGAAAGAUUCUCCCAUAUUUGUAUUUAUUCACGGUGGUUACUGGCAGGAGAGUAGCAAAGAUUUGGCUACGGUUCCCGUUCCCGUUUUUGUUCGCAACGGAAUUAAAGUCAUAACCGUUGGCUACGAUUUAUGCCCAAAUGUUAAAAUCGGGGAUAUAAUAACAGAGAUAAAAAUGGCAGUUGAAAAUAUAUUACAGUUUGCUCUAAAUCUCGGCUGUCGGAAUGUUUGGGUCGCUGGACACAGUGCUGGCGCGCAUUUGGCAGUCAGUCUUUUAUAUGACAAACAAUGGUUGGACGAAAUGAAGAAACAAGAAUACUUACAUUUGUUGAAAGGUGUCGUCUUGAUAAGUGGCGUAUAUAACUUAACACCUCUUGUUGAUACUAGUUAUAAUACAGCUUUAAAACUUACUAAAGAUGAAAUCGAAACAUACAGCUUUAACGCCCCAGAUGUAAAAAUUGGCGUACACAUUGAUAGAUUAAAAACUAUCGUAGUCGUCGGUGAAUGUGAUUCGCCAUGGUUUAUCGGUCAGUCACGCGAAUGUGCUCAGAAACUUCUUACAGUGGUGGAUAACAUACAAUACAUUUUACUUCGUGAAAACGUUGAUCAUUUCGACAUCGUGGAAAAACUCAUGGAUGAGGAGUUCAUCUUAACGAAAACAAUAUUGAAUAGCGUGUUCAACUGAAAAGGAACAGCUAAUAUAAAAAUAAUAUUAAAAUAUAAAACUUAAAUUGAUUAAAUAAAUAAUAUUGUAUGAAGGUCCUGUA